AUGUACAAUAAUAAGGAUAUUGCUCCCGAAGAGGAUCAUGAAGACAGUGAUAUGGUGGAUGCAUAUAGGGCCGAAGAUGUUGAAGAAACUACAAAUGGCAUAGAAAGGCAAGAGCAGAAUAUUGAAGCUUCUGAUAAUGAUUCUGAAGAUGAGUCUUUGCGAAGAAUGUCCGAGCAAGCAAGACGAAGGAGAAAUUUUGGAGAAGCUAUAGAGCGGGAAACAGAACUGGAAGACUUCGAUGAGGGUACCAUGGAUCCUGCUGAUUUCUUGAGGAGACUACUUCGGGCCAGGUCUAGUACCAGAAGCGCCGAGGCGCCAGAUGAUGACAACGAAGAUGACGAUGGCGAUGAUGGAAGAAGUGAUGAUCCAAGAUCAGGAUUUUUAAGGGCUCUUGGUGCGUUAUCAUCUGAGCGCCCUGGUGAGCCUGAAAGGGGUCAAGGAUUUGUGGAUGUAAUGCAAAGAUUGAUGGGGGGUGGCGUUUUAUUUGGGGGACGAGAAAAUAGUGAAAUGGAGGGACUUAUAAAUAAUUUGAACCAAAGAGAAGACACAUUUAUAAUUUUGGAAACAUUGAAUGAGCUCUCAGAAAGGUUGUUGAUGAUGAAUGGCAUUACUGCAGAACGAGUGAUUCCGGCAAAUAAGCUUGCUAAGAGCUUGAUAAAUAUCAUGGAAGACCCACAGUUAGCUGAAGAGCUUGAAUUACACUUAGUGGCUUGUAGAUGCCUAUACAACUUUCUUGAAGUAAAUCAAGAUUUCAUUCACGAUGCAUUAAAUAAUGGCGCAGUUGAGGUGUUGUGCGGAAAACUAUUAGAGAUAAGCUUUAUUGAUUUAACAGAACAAGCCUUACAAACACUUGAAAUGAUUUCUCGUGAUCCUAUCUCUCAUAAUCAAAUUAUCAUUAAUAACGGAUUAAAGGCUUGCUUACAAUAUUUGGACUUUUUGACAAUUCAUGCCCAAAGAAAGUGUAUGAUCAUUGUUGCAAAUGCAUGCUCCAGCAUAAGGAUAUCUAAUUUUGAGUUGGUGAGAGAGGUAUUUGAUAAUCUUUCAGAUUUCGUCAGAAUGCAUAAUGACUCCGUUGUGGCGGAGAAUGGAUGGCUUGCUAUAUCUCGGAUUAUAAUGAGCUUCAAAAUGAAACCAGAGUUUAUGGAACAGCUUUUUGAUGGAAAGGAUUCAUUAUUGAAAGAGCUUACUGAAAUUAUUUACGUUAGUUGCAAUAAAUCCCAAAAUUCCGAUGAUACAUCCAAGACUCCGCUAAGCUACGGAACAUGCAUCAGUCUCAUAAAGUCCUUGAUUGUCCUAGUAAGUGUCAGCGUGAAAAUAUCAAGGAUACUAUUAGAAUCUUGCUCAAUAGGAGACCUUAUAGUAAAAUCUUUGAAUAAAUAUUCAAGAGCUCCACAUAUUGAUGAACCGAUUGAGACAAUUACCUCGAAAUCAUCGAUUGAUAAUAUUUUAAUCGAAGCAUUAAUGGCUGCUCCAAAGGAACUUCUUUCACAGCUUUUAACUUUGAUUGGAUAUUUAUUACCCAUAGCAUAUGAUUCGACCGAUAUUCAACUUUUUCAAAAAUACGAAUCUUAUGAGGAGAAAGAGCAAGUAAAUUCUGAUCGAAUUAAACUUUGUAGAGAUAUAAUUCCAGAUUCUUAUUGGAAAUUCGUGAACGAAGUUUGGUCUUUGUUGAUAAAUAGUUUUCAAGCUACUAUGGAUUACGAAAUAAGGAGAAAGGUGUUGGUAAAUUUAUUGAGAAUUAUAUCGUUCAGCAAAGAACUGGACUUCAGGAAGAUUCAUGGCGUUGAGAUGGUGACCGGUCUCUUAGCAUCAGUAGUACACCAAAGUAGGUCUAGUUUGAGCAAAUUCUCGAACGCGGAGGAAGAUAUCGAUAUGCAAGAUAGUGACGCAGAUCAACUUGAAGAGGAAGGUGUAGAUACUGACUUCGGGUCUUCCGGACUUGAUAACGACUUGGAGGAAGAAAUGAAUUCACUUGAGGAUGAACACGAAGAUGUGGAUAGUGUGUUCGAAGACGAUGAUCAGGAAAUAGGAGGAGACCUGGAAGAUGAUGUCAAUAAUGUCGAUUCUGAUGGUGAUGCAGUAAGUGGGUUUGAAAACGCAGAUCGUGACGAUACAAGUAAUGAAGAAGGUCAAAAUAAAGAGAGGAACCUCAAUCGCCGGAUUAGAAUCGAUGGGCAUAGGAAACCUUACGAGCCAGAAGAAGAUACAGUAAUGAUGAAUUCAAAAAAGUUGCUAUUAAGUACAUUCUUGUUAUCACAGAAUUUAUUGAGAAAGGCUCCUAAUUUAUUUGUCAAAGAUUUUGAAAGGGAAGGUUUAAUCAAUGACACAUUUACUAUACUAAGUCAAUUAAAAGGAUCCUUAAAGGAUCUUGAUGUAGAAGAUCUUGGAGGUUUCUCAAAUAUACAUGGCAAUAAGUUUACGGAUCUAGAGGUUACAAAGGAUGCUUUCUCUAGAUUUUCUAGCAGGAGACUUUGCUCUGAAAUCAAGAAUGUUGGCUCCAGAAUUGAGAACCUUUAUAUCGAUUUGAAGGCAUCUGAUAUACCAAGUAACAUUCCAGAGAACAUGAAACUUUUGAACGAAGUAAAAACAACUCUUAAUGACAAAAAUGCUAUUGCUGAAUACGAUUACGAAGGCUGGAAGUCAAUGUGGAUAAAAUUGAAAACAUUAUUGAUCGGUGAUGGAUCUGAUUUCCAUAUAUCAAGUUUUGAGCUCAUAACAUCUGGAAUUAUUGAUGUGUUAGCUGAUCUUUUUACUUCGGAUGACAAUGAUUUUGGGUUUGAAUUCAGUGAGUGCUAUAAGGCUUUCGUUUCGACUUUUUUUGUGAACACUCAAAAAGAUUCAUCAGUUUCCCAUUUGGUGAAAAAGCUUCAAGAAGCUUUGACGAGAUCAGAAUCUUUUCAAAUAAUAUCAUCUGGUGGCCCUACAUCUAUAUUUCCUAGAUUUCAACGAGAAAAGAGCCAAACUGCAGCUAUGGCUGGACAAGUAAAAUUAAGAGUUAUAUCUGAAGACACCAAGAUGGAUAAGAUUCCAGAUAGCAUCGAGAAUAUGGUCCUCUCUGUUCACGCAAUCGCUACUUUUAAGUCAGUUGAGACAUUUUUACAGCAAAGAAUCAAAUUCCUUGAGGGUUGGGAUGAUGGCAGUGAUAAUGAGAAUAUUAAUACGCUGGAAGAUGAGGCUCCUCUGGAAGAACAAAAAGACGCUAUAAUUCAACAAGGAUUUGAAAUUGAGUUUUUAAUUAAUGGUGAGGUAAUUCCUAACGAGACUACGAUUUAUGGAGCGGUUUAUAAAUAUUUGCAAGGAAACUCAGAUAAUACUGUCGACUCUUCGCAGAUUUGGUCUAAGAUUCACAACGUUAAUUUUAGAAAGGUUCUGCCAUCGAGUUCAAAGGAGCCAAAACCGCUUUCUUACAAUUUGAGCGUAAAUGGCAGUGAAUUAGACAUAUAUGAUAAGACCACUUCCAGUAUAUUAAACCUUUUGAAAAUUUUGUUCGAAAUGAAUGCUUUUGUGAAAAGUAAUUUAAGCUAUGGAGAUAGCAUUUCCAACGAUUUAUUCAUGAACUGGAAAUUGACAGUGAAAUUUAACAGACAGCUCGAGGAACCUUUGGUCGUUGCAAGUGGGACAUUACCGAGUUGGAGUAUUCACAUUACCAAAAAUUAUUCAUUUUUAUUCCCGCUUGAUACUCGUAUUUUUUUCAUGCAGUCUACUUCUUUUGGAUAUUCAAGAUUGAUACAUCAGUGGCAGCUUAGAACUAGUCAAGAGAAUGAAGAUCUUAAUCAAAACAAUGGAAAUGGACCAAAUAACUAUGGUCUUCAACUAGGUCGCCCUACUCGUCAUAAGGUAAGGCUUUCAAGAAAGAUGAUAUUGCAGAGCGCACUUAAAGUAUUGAAUAUGUAUGGCUCCACACCAGGAAUACUUGAAAUAGAGUAUUUUGAUGAAGUGGGCUCUGGUCUUGGUCCUACAUUAGAGUUUUAUGCUACCGUUUCGAAAGAAUUUGCGAAGAAGAGGUUGAAAUUAUGGAGAGAUCUUGAUACUACGAACAAGGACGAUGAGGAUUAUGUGACAUCGAAAACAGGUUUAUUUCCUGCACCUCUCGAUAAGAACCAGGCAAGCCUGGAAAAUGGCCGAAAAGUAAUGUAUUUUUUCAAUUCGCUUGGUAAGUUCAUUGCUAGAGCUUUAUUGGAUUCUAGAAUCAUAGAUUUUAAUUUCAACCCAGUUUUUUUGAAGCUAGUGCAGUUUCUUAACCAAAAGGGUUCGAAUAAGUCGCCAUCCAAAGAGCUCAAAAAGAUUGCAAAUUUACCAUGCUUAAGAUUGGUCGAUCCUGAGUUAGCCAACUCCCUUGAACAUUUAUUGAAAUACAUCAAGCAAUUCUCUCAUGUAGAGGAGAGCCAGCGCAAAAAUAUAGAAAUUGAUGGUGCUACUUUGGAGGACCUUUCUCUCAGUUUCGUACUCCCGGGAUAUCCAGAAUACAAUUUGAUUCCAAAAGGUGAGGAUAUACCCGUCACUGUUGAUAAUGUUGAGCAAUUCGUAAGCAAGGUUUUAGAGGCAACUUUGUAUACCGGUAUUCUUCAUCAAACAAAAGCAUUUAUGGAAGGAUUUUCAAAGGUUUUCCCUAUCAAGUCAUUAGCUAUAUUUUCAGCAGAGGAACUAGUGAAACUAUUUGGUAGUGCCGAAGAAGAUUGGUCAUUUGAGACCUUAAAUGCAGCCAUUUUUGCCAACCAUGGCUACACUAAAGAUUCCGAAGCAAUCAAGCAUCUCAUUAGUAUUCUAGUAGACUUUGAUAAAGUUGAGAGAAGUUUCUUUUUACAAUUUUUGACUGGUGCACCCAAAUUGCCAAUUGGAGGGUUCAAGGCUUUGAGACCGGAGCUCACCGUUGUGAGGAAACAACCUGAAGACAAUUUGAAGGAUGAUGAUUAUUUGCCAAGCGUUAUGACGUGUGCAAACUACCUUAAACUCCCGAAUUAUUCUUCACAAGUUCUCAUGAAGGAACGCUUAUUGCAAGCAAUUCAUGAAGGGGCUGGUGCAUUUCUCUUAUCUUGA